AUGAAUCCCAGGGGAACUAGAAACCCUAGAGGCUCCCUGUAUGUGGGAGACCUUCAUCAGGAUACAAACAAGGAUAUCCUCUAUCAGAAGUUCAGCACCGCCGGAGCAUUACAUUCUAUUAAGGUUUGCAGGGACAAAGCCACACAUCGAUCCCUGGGAUAUGAUUAUGUCAACUUUCACCGGCAAGCAGAUGCUGAGAGGGCUCUGGAGACAUUGAACUUUGAAGUGGUCAAAGGAAAACCUAUGCGCAUCAUGUGGUAUCAACAAGACCCUACCAUGAGGAGGAGUGGCGUUGGUAACAUCUAUCUGAACAAUCUUGAUAAGUCAAUUUGCAGCAAAGCCCUGCACGACACCUUCUCCAUCUUCGGAGACAUCAGCUCAUGCAAGGUGGUUUGUGAUGAGAAUGGCUUGUCAAAGGGUUAUGGUUUUGUGCACUUCACAAUCCAGGAGGCUGCUGAUGGAGCCAUUGAGAAACUGAACGGCAUGAUGCUCAAUGAGAGAAAAGCGUUUCUCAGACCCUUUAAAUCUCACGAAGAGAGAGAGGCUGAGAAAGAGCGAGAGGCGGAGCUUAGAGCCAGGGCCAAGGAGUUCACUUACCUGUUGAUUAAAAACUUUGGCAAGGGACAUCAACGAGGAGAAGCUCAGCGAGAUGUUCAGAAACUAUGGUGAGUGUUUGCCAGACGUGUGUCAUAUAAUCUUGUGUGUUUAGUAGCUUUUUUAUUGAGUCAAGGGUGAUUCUGUCCAUUUCAGGAGAAACCCAGAGCGUCAGGGUAGUAACUGAUGACAGUGUCUGCGUUGAGAGGCAUGAGGAUGCCCAGAGGGUGAGUGAUGCCAUACAUUACCAUCACCGUCUAGAUGUGGAAUAGAGCUCAGUGUCUAUGAGUCCAGUGUCUCAAUGGAGUAUAUCUGACCUCCUCAGGCAGGGGAAGAAAUGAACGGGAAGGAGUUCAAAACGGGAGGCGGAUCUAUGUGGGCCGCGCCCAGAAGAAAGGAAAGAGCCAGACUGUGCUGAGACACACGUUUGAGAAGAUGGAGGAGAUGUUGGGUGAGUCUGAUGUCCCUCUGUUCCAUUUUCUUCACUUUACUAACAUAAUUCAGGAAAUUGUAAAUCCUGGGUCCUUACAGAUGGUUUGCGUCUCCCUCCAGGUGUCCACAACAAGCGUCCCAGUCUGGCUGAGAGGAAUACAGGCAUGGAGAAAGACAACUCUGAGUCCCUGUGCUAA